AUGGCGGCGGCGGGGGGCGCAGCGAGCCGCAGGGGCCCGGGGCGGCCCUGCCCCUUCUCCAUUGAGCACAUCCUCUCCAGCCUGCCCGAGCGGAGCCCCCCGGCACGGGCCGCCCGCGCGCCGCCGCCCGGCGGCCGCCAGAGCCCCGCGGAGCCCGGGGAGCCCGGGGCGCCCGAGGCCGCUCCCUGCGCCUGUUGCUGCUGCUGCGGGCCCCGCGCGGCGCCCCGAGGGCCCCCGGAGCCGGCCGCGGGACUGGGCGCGCGGCUGCCGUGGCCGCUGAGGCUGGGCCCCGCCGCGCCCUUGCCCUUGUCCGCGCCCACUGGAGGUUCCGGGGCGCUGCCGGGCGCGGGCGGCCCCGGGCCGCAGCGGCGCACGCGGCGCCACCGCACCAUCUUCAGCGAGGAGCAGCUGCAGGCGCUGGAGGCGCUCUUCGUGCAGAACCAGUACCCCGACGUGGGCACGCGCGAGCGCCUGGCCGGCCGCAUCCGCCUGCGCGAGGAGCGCGUGGAGGUCUGGUUCAAGAACCGCCGGGCCAAGUGGCGACACCAGAAACGCACGUCAGCGACCUCGAGGCUCCUCCCCGGAGCCAAGAAGGCCCCAAAGGACAGCUCCUGAUGGCCCUGGUAGCCAUUCCUGGUCUUGGCGUCUUCGGGGGGCCGACUAGGAGAGAGGACAGAUCUACCCGAGAUGGAGCUGAGAGAGGACACCAGCCUCUUCCCGUCUGUCUGCAGGACUUCCGGCUUCUGGAGCUAGUGCUCAAGGCAGGAGUGGGCUGCUUAAGUGUGUGUCCCCCCACUCCCCAUCUGCCUUGUCACCUGCCCCGGGGAAAGGAGGGAACACUGAGCAUCUCCAUGUGCUCUCCUCUGCAGUGACUAGGGUCAGGAAGAUUCCCUGGGGGGCGGGGGGGGGGGGGCUGGGAGGAGGGCACAGAGCAGGUUGCUUCCUCAAGUCCCCACCAACUCCAGGACAGGAACCACCCCUUGUCGGGGGGACGGGGACAGAAUCUUCCUUUCCCUACCUGGUGUAUGCUGGCCUCCCUUCUCUCCUUUCCCUGCCUGGGCCAUGGGAGGUUUCUGUGCAUCCUGGACUUGCCAGCUUGUGCGCCCGGCACAGGGCCUUGGCGUCCAGAGCUAGAAGGUAAAAAUGCCGGGUGAGGUCACCUCCAGAAGCCCCUGCCGGGCCCCUUAAUUCUGUGAGCCUUGUCUGGGUCCUGGGAAAUAAACAAGCAACUGCAAAAAGAGCACAAAAGCCAACCAGCGUUCAAAGCCCGCCAUGGCCCCAUUCCCCUCACCCAAGGGCCAUCUCACCUUGAAGAGCACAGCCUAGUGAGUCCUCUGUGUUCCCCAGCCACAGCAGACUACCCAACGGAUCAUGGCCUGGCACCCUGGGAAGUCUGCACUGGCUUCGAAGUACUGCUCAUGGGUGGGGAUUUCCAUGUUGCCUGUCUGCCUUGCUCUCUGCCAUCUUGUAGGGGCAAGAGGAAGUUUGAUGGGGCCAAUGCGCCAUGCCCCCCUGCCACUGCCUGGGAUCAUAUCUGUUUUCCUCUCCAUCAUCCUGGCCCCAGGGUGAAAGAUGGUGAGAAAACAAGGCUUUGAUUCCUCCAAUAGGGCCGUAUGGUGGGCUCAAGGCAUCGAACACCAUCAUCUGGCUUGGGGAUCAUGUUCUGUCUCCUUGUGGGUCCUGGAGGAGAUGGGCCCCAGAGGCAUCUGAAAGGAGACACAGCCCAUUCACCAAAGGCACAUCUACCGCCCACCAGGACUCUCCAAGGCUGGCUAGCUCAGAUAACACAGAGCAGGCAUCUUGUCUUCAGCCGGGGCUGCUCUCACAAUGCUGGGGGCCUCCAGGAGAGCGGCACCCCCCUCCACCCCUCAGGAUGCACACUUCUAGGGGUCAUAAAGCUCUUUGCCCUCGGAUACUGCACAGUCUGUGUGCAGAGCGUCUCUGCAGCCCGGGAUGCCCUCAUCUUGCUGGGCUCUGAGACCCUAGCCGCGGGCUGGCUCUUUGUCCUUGUAGGCAGCCACAGUCAGAGCCUCACCUUCAAGGGACCAGUGGGCAUACCGUCCUCCUUUCUCUCCUUUCUCUCUAGCUGCUCCUUGGCAGGCUCACCCCUACCAGCUGCCCAUUGGCAAAGCUGUCCUGCAGGCUGGGGCCCAGGCAUGCCCCUCUCUUCUCCAUUCUCCCCUUUAUCAUUUCCACCUUCGGGCUCCAAUGCCUAGCUCUCUGCCACAUUUACAUCUCCAGCCCAGACCUCUUCCCUGAACUAGAUAUUACGUCCAAUUUGUCCCCUUGACGACUCCUCCUGGAAGCCCACAGCAUCUCAACAUCACCUUGUCGGUUGCAAACUCUUCCACUGUGCAAACCUCCCUCCUCCUAUCCCCCACCCACUGUACCCAGGGCAACAGUAAAUCAAUUUUUUUGUUUUAUUUAAAUUCAAGUUAGUUAAUAUAUAACAAAUCAAAUUUACCUUCAAAAACCAUCCUAGAAGCUAUCUUCUUCCCAGGUUCAGCUGUAGCAACCUGAGGAAAAGGCUGCCCCCCUUCACCUUGACCACUGCAGCUGCCUCCAGUCUUGUCCACAUGCAACUACUUUGGUUCCUCUGCAAUUCCCUCCCCAGAAAAGGCAGGGUACAAGUGUGAACCUGCCUCUCUAAGGGCUUCUCAUUGUUCCCAAAGACAAAACUCCUGGCUGUGACCCAUGAGGCCCCUGCCCCUCUGGUGUCAUCUCCCACCUCACCACUCCUUGAACUCUGUAUAUCCAAAGGUCUUCUCCCUCCUGCUGCACUGCCUGUGCACCUGCUCUUUCCCUCCACUUGAUCAAUGUCCAUUCUCCAUCUGCAACCACUUCCUAACCCUGGGGAAACUUCCCCUGACUGCCCCCUAGUACAAACUCUUUCUUUGUACCCGUUCACUGCAGUUUUAUGUUUGUGGGAUGAUCUGACUAGUGCCUGUCUUCCCCACUCGACAGGACGUGGAGCUGUCAGCUCCACAGGGCAAGAACUGUCAUUGUGGAGUUCCCCACUGAAUGAAAGAAUGACUGGCCUAUUGUACUAAAUUGUUCUGGGGCAGAACUUGUUUGACAUAAUUCACAGCCUCUUUUAGGGAAGAAAUGAUCAUGCCUGAAAAAUGGUUGGGCAAUUUUCUGGUCCAUUUCAAUGAGGCUCCUCUUCUGGGAAACCCACUGUGAUGUCCAGAGACCAAAUAAUUUUUUUUUUUUUUAACCAUUUUAUUGAGGAGCUUCGGGGAAAGGUCGAAGGGCAGGAGGACAGGGAGAUCCGACGUCCUCGGCCUGGCCGGAAUCUUUCCGGCCUCACAGUCGUCGAAAGGGACCGAAUAAUUUUUAACCAGACAUUUCUAAAUUAGACCUCAUAUUUUUUUUCUUUUAUUAGGUAACUAUCAAAAAGAAAUUGUCUUAGGGUU